AUGAGACUAACACCUGCACUGCUAAUGGCUGCUGCUGCGGUGAUCUCCAUCGUCACCAUCCAGGCGGAGAUGAACAAUAUAGAGCAAGACUCUGGUGUCCAAAAUUUUAUCAGCGGAGGGGGCGAAAGAGGAGGUCGUAUGGAAGACUUAAAGGAACACGAACAAGAAAGAGAUGCCGAAAGUGACAGACAUCACACUCUUAGAGACACGCGAGGAGGGAGACUGAAUCGAGGCGUGAAGAGAGGACGAGACGAGGAGGUGAAUGACGACGAGAACGAGAGGAGAGAUAACGUGAGAGAUAAGAAAAAGAAGCAGAAGCAAGAUGGAAUAGAAAGGAAAAAGAAGAAAACUGAAAAGAAGAAAGAAAGAACAGGAAGAAAAACCAAGAAAGCUUCAAAACAAGAAAAGGAGAGGGAAAGAAUAAUGCCAAAGCAGAGGAAGAAUAAAACUAAAGGUGGGAAAAAGAGGGAAAUGGAAGAACUGCUGGAAACGAAGAAAGGGAAAAACAGAAGACCAAAAAAGUGGGAUGAAAUAGACCAGAUUAAGGACGCUGGAAAGAAAAGGAGAACGAAGAAGAUAAGGAAGAAGGGAUGGCUGGAAGAAGACUCAGAUGGACCGGAGGGGAAGAAAGAGAAUAGAGGGAAUAUAGAAAAUCAACCACGGAAACGGAAGAACGGCGAGAAAAGAAAAUGGAAAAAGGUACAAAGGAAACUAAAAAACAACAGCGCGAAAGGAGACAAGGGAAAAAAGUACAAGGAAGUGAGGAAGAAACAGGAUGGCAAAGGAUCAGGCAAAAAACCACAGAAACAAACCGAAGAGAAAGAGUCGCCUGUUGUAUUUGAAAAUGAGUUUGUAAAUGGAGUCGUGAUGGAUCUGUGCGGCACCUCCACCACCCUGAGCUACGGGGAGAGCAUUGCCUUUUUCUCCACCAACGAUGGUUCCAGGGUGAAGUGCAAGGCCACAGUCAAGAGUCCUGAAGGCACAUCGCUGCUCGUGUCGUUCCCUCAGUUCAACCUAAACACCGAUGGCUGCAGGGCUGAGAAGGUCUUGCUCAAGGCCAAAGGAAAAAAGAUGAAUUUGUGCUCCCAGGACAAUCCCUCUAGUGAUCUCUUUGAAGCCAACUCCCUCAAGAUGGUGUACAAGCGGGCCAGGCUGGGCAGCAGGGAUUGUUCGGGAGGCUUUAUAUGUGUCGUCAGGGUCAUAGGAGAUCCUCCGACUACCACGCCCGCUCCGACCACUGCGCCACCACCUACCACUGUUCCUGUGACUACGAUUCCUGUAACCACUCCUGCUCCAACCACUCCUCCACCCACAACGCCACCACCUACUACCCCUGCGCCUACUACUCCUCCACCUACCACUCCUGCCCCUACCACUCCUCCACCUACUACCUCUGCUCCUUCCACUCCUGCUCCUACCACUCCUGCUCCUACCACUCCUGCUCCAACCACUCCUCCACCCACAACGCCACCACCUACUACCCCUGCGCCUACUACUCCCCCACCUACCACUCCUGCCCCUACCACUCCUCCACCUACUACCUCUGCUCCUUCCACUCCUGCUCCUACCACUCCUGCUCCUACCACUCCUGCUCCUACCACUCCUGUUCCUACUACUCCUACUCCUAUUACUCCUCCACCUACUACCUCUGCUCCUACCACUCCUGCUCCUGUUACUCCUCCACCUACUACUACAAUCCAGCCACCAACAACAACUAUUCCUACUGUCACCUCCACGACUGAGUGUCCACGUCUUUACUGCGACGAGUGUGGCAUCGCUCCAAUCUCCGUCAAGGAGAACAGGAUCGUGAACGGCACUGACGCCACGCUGGGAGAGUACCCCUACCAGGUCAGCGUGGGCGGGUUCUGCGGUGGCUCUCUCAUCAAGGCAGAGUGGGUGCUGACGGCCGCUCACUGCUUCGACGGGAGCGAGAACCCUGCUAGUCUCACCCUUUCCCUCGGCAUGCUGAACAUCGCCAGCCCAGCCUCCGACGUGGUAACCCUCACAGCCAAGGCUAUUAUACGACACGAGAACUUCAAUCAAUUUACUUUCGCCAACGACAUUGCGGUCAUCCAGCUGUCCUCGCCCGUCACCUUCACGGACAAGAUCAAACCCAUAUGUCUGCCUCAGGCCGAAGACAUUCGCUUUGGAGAGAAGGCGGUGGUCACUGGAUGGGGCACCAGGGAGUUUGGCACUACGAACUUCCCAUCCAUUCUGCAGGAAGUGGCUCUUGAAGUGACGAAUGAUACCUUCUGUUCCUCCUUCGGUGACACGAGCGUCUCCCUCUGCGCCUACACGCCCUUCAAAGACUCCUGCCAGGGUGACAGCGGCGGCCCUCUAGCGGUGCGGGCUUGCAAUGGCGAGGGCAGGUGGGUUGUGCUGGGCAUCGUGAGUUACGGGGUGGAGUGCGCCAAGAUUGGGUUUCCCAGGAGUGUACACCAGAGUGCCCAAUUACGUCAACUGGAUCUCCGAGAAGACUGGCGGCACCUCUUGCACCUGAGUUCACCUGUGACUCAUUGCUCUUUCACCUGAGACUCCUAUUGGUGUUUAAUUUAUGGUUUGUCUUGUUUUGUGCUUUUUUUCUUGCUUUCUCUUUACGAAACAACAAGUAGUUUCUUAUUUUCCUUAUCAUAUAUCUCUAACCUCUUCAAUACUGGGACACAUUUUCACUUUGAGAUUU